AUGUGGGAAUUAUUGGACACCGUACUUUUGAUAUUGGAUGGUCGUAAAACGAAUCAUCUUCACGUGGCUCAUCACAUCGUUGUUUCCAUUUCGAUGAUCUGCGCUUAUCAGCGUAUCGGUGCCGUGGCUCGUUGGAUUGCUACCACCAAUCUUGCUGCUCAUUCCGCACUUUACUCUUACCUGGCAGCUCAAAGUUGUAUUUGGAAACGUCGUACAUGCAGCGCACGUGUAAUCAACGGAAUCCAAAUGGCACAGUUUCCUAUUUGCUUGUUUGGUCUUAUCAAAAUACGCCAAUUUAUAAAUGCCAGAAAGAAGUGUGAGACAAGCUACAGUGGGCUAUGCAUUCUAAUCUAUUCGUCCUUUUUCAUUCUCUUCGUUUCAUUUUACGCCAACAAAUACAGAAAAGAUAGCAUUGGUAGAGAUUAUGUCUUCUAA